GCGUCACGACGCCAGCCUGACGGACGGGUCGCCGGCCAAUCAAGCGCGCGAAGAGACCAAUGGCGUGUCAGGAGGCGGGGCUUCCACGGAGCAUCGGCUGUUGUCAGGAGAGAAGGUUCCGGAAGCCGCGUCCGGCUUGGAUGGUGGAUGUUGAUCGGGUCGGUGCGGCGAGGAGCUGGGCGGCUGUCGCGGAGCUGGCGAGGCAGUCAUGCCCAGCUCUCUGUUGUGGGCUGUGGAUGUCCACGGCAGCGUGUACACUCUCUCUACAGCCAGCCAGUACUGGGAGCUGUGCAAAGAUGCAAGUUUAGAAUUCAAGAGACUGGCAGCUGGCAAGCAGUGCUGUUGGGGAAUUGCAUGCGACCAACAAAUCUACGUCUAUGUCCAUGCAAACGAAGUUCCCAUCCGAUACCAAGAAGAGACCUAUGAAAAUCAGCGCUGGAAUCCUGUGGAUGGUUUCAGUGAUCAUCUGCUCCCCAGUGAUCGCUGGCAGUGGAGUGAUGUUACAGGACUAAAGCAUCAGCCGAUCAAAGAAUUUAAACUUGCAACGCAACAUUGGGAGUGGGAGUCCAAUUGGUACGUGGAUGAAAAUAUUGGAGGAGAGCCGACAGAAAAAGGGGGUUGGACUUACGCAAUUGAUUUCCCAGCCACUUACACAAAAAGCAAGCGGUGGAACUCUUGUGUCCGCCGACGCCGAUGGAUCCGUUACAGAAGGUACAAGUCCUGCAACACCUGGGCGAAGAUUCCCUCGCAAAAUUUGGGACCGCUACCAGAUCCCUUUCAUGAUAUUGCUGUAGGAGGAUGGGAAAUUACUGAUGAACCUUUCGGACAUCUUUCAGUCUGGGCAGUGACUGUGCAGGGGAAGGUAUUUUACAGAGAAAAUGUAACUGAUCAGAAUCCUGAGGGUUUGUCAUGGACUGAAAUCACGACUCUUGGGGAAGUAGUUCAGAUUGCCUGUGGACCGUGUGACCUAGUGUGUGCCGUGCUAUGGGAAGGUCAGCUAAUGAUGAGGAAAGGAAUAAACAGAGAUAACCCUAAAGGGAAUUCUUGGGAGAUUGUUGAGCCACAAAACUCUGGAAAUGGUUUUGUCCAGGUCUCGGUGGGUGUCAACGUGCUCUGGGCCGUUACACGGGACAGAAAGGUCUGGUUUCGAAGAGGUGUCUGUUCUGAGAACCCUGUUGGGGCAGGUUGGAUUUGCAUGAAUGUUGAGAUGGUGAUGGUGAACAUAGGAUUAAAUGACCAGGUCUGGGGAAUCGGGUCUGACGACCGCAGUAUCUAUUUUCGACAAGGUGUGACACCAACCGAAUAUAGUGGAAAGGCUUGGAAAGUCAUAAUGGCAAACCGAGAUCAGGACCGAUCAUCCUGUGCAAGCAGUGCCACCAGUCUUGUGAGUGCCGGGUGCUUCUUUGGUGAUGAGGUUAGAUUACCACCCCAGGCCUCCAUCGCCAACAAUGCUGACUUUUCUUUGGAAAUGGAGGGGAUUGCAAAAGAAACUGAAAACAUUCUUGAAACAAUUGAGAGAGUACCAUGUUCCAACAACAAUGCGGACGGAGAUGGAGAUGUCGCCUCUUGCUGUCCUGUCGCCGAGUCUAAAUGUGAUACUGUGACGAGCGUGUUUGAGAACAUCUCAUUAAACGAAGGACCCUCAGUAAAGUGCGAUCAGACUGGUCUUAAACCAAGCGCUGCCCGGUCCUGGCUGUCGGACGGCCAGCAGUCCCCGCAGGAUGGUGCUGAAUUGGACACUGCUCCCUCCGGGUCAAGCCCAGUCAACUUGGACUUGGCCGAGACGUCCAGCAUUUCGUCAGCGGCUGUCUACCCGUUUGGAAUUGAAGAGCACUAUGUGUCUGAAGAGCACCCGCUGUGGGCCUGGCUCAGUGGAGGAGGAUGCGACAUAGAUGUCCACACCCAGCUGAACUGGUUCAAUGUCCAGUCAGGGCUGAAUUUCUCCAUACAAUCGCACUUGAUGCCCAACAAUUGCCCCCAGCAAACGGUUUGGCGGAAGCAGAUUGUUCAGCAGCUAAUCGAGCGGUCUAAGCGGGAAGUGGACGAUUUCAAACAUUACGAGCAGGCUGUGGAGCAGUCCGUGUGGAUAAAGAAGGGAAUGAUGAAGUGGUGGAGAGAUGGGAAGCCGUACAAAUGGACAGAUGUUAAAGUCGCACUGGAACAGUUUACAGGGAACGAUGGGAAGCGGGAUGGAAUAUUUUUCAUAUACUACACGUACAAUGAUGUGAAAAAGUAUCUUCACCUCUUUUUAAAUGAAGUUACAAUUUUAGUUCCGAUUGCUAAUGAAGCAAAACACUCCUUUGCAAUUUACACUCCAGAAAGGACGAAACAAAGGUGGCCAAUCAGGUUGUCAACGGCUACUGAACAAGAAAUGUACGACUGGCUUGCUGUCUUGAGCCUAGCAUGUUGUGACAGCAGCGAGAUUCACGGACCCCCAUCUCAUCAGGCCCUUUGGUCCAUCACGUGCAAAGGAGAUGUCUUUGUCAGUGAGCCUAGCCCAAGUCUGGAAGCCGCACAACAUCCUAUGCCAAGUGACCAAUUGUAUUGGCGGCAAAUUGGAGGACACCUACGCAUAGUUGAGUGCAACAGUCAAGGAAUUGUGUGGGGCAUUGGAUAUGAUCACACAGCCUGGGUUUAUACAGGUGGCUACGGAGGUGGUUUCUUUCAAGGACUGGCUGGGAGUACGGAUAAUAUUUAUACUCAGUCAGAUGUGAUGUGUGUUUACAUUUAUGAAAACCAGCGUUGGAACCCUCUCACUGGAUACAGCAGCAGAGGCCUGCCGACUGACAGGUACAUGUGGAGCGAUGCAUCAGGUCUGCAAGAGUGCACCAAGGCACACACAAAGCCUCCUUCACAAUGGACAUGGGUGACUGACUGGUACAUCGAUUUCAAUGCACCUGGCGGGACUGAUCGCAACGGGUGGCAGUUCGCAGCUGACUUCCCUGCCUCGUACCAUGGAUACAAGACCAUGAAAGACUUUGUGAGGCGGAGACGAUGGGCAAGAAAGUGCAAAACUGUCACGACGGGUCCGUGGUUCGAGGUUGCACCGAUAGCUCUGCGGGACCUCUCGCUGAUUCCAUCUGUGCCUCGGGGCACGAGUGACCAAGUCGCCUUGUGGGCUAUUAGCAGCAAAGGGGAUGUCUUGUGUAGGACGGGAGUAACAAAGCAAAAUGCCAUGGGAACUUCAUGGCUGCAUAUCGGUACAGACCAGCCAUUCGUGUCUAUCUCAGUCGGAGGACACUACCAGGUGUGGGGAAUUGCCAGGGAUGGAUCAACUUUCUACCGGGGUUCAGUUACUCCACAAAACUCUACAGGUGACUGCUGGUACCACAUACCUCCGCCUCCCAAACAGAAGCUAGUCCAGGUGUCUGUGGGAAGGACGUCGGUGUGUGCAGUGGAUGAAAACGGUAAUUUGUGGUUUCGUCAGGGUAUUUCUCCAAGUUACCCUCAAGGAUCGGUCUGGCAACAUGUUUCUACAAAUGUUCGUAAGGUUUCUGUUGGUCCUCUUGAUCAGGUUUGGAUAAUCGCCGAUAAGGUUCAAGGCAGUCACAGCUUGAGCUGCGGAACAGUUUGUCAUCGGCUUGGUGUCCAGCCACAAGAACCCAUUGGUGGCUCUUGGGACUAUGGCAUUGGAGGUGGCUGGGAUCACAUUACAGUCAGAGCCAACUCGAUGGACCCUUCACACAGUAGUGUUCCCAAAGCAGCCGACAAUGAACCGAUGAAGCUGACUACCCAGAAUGGAAGCACGGCCACUAAAUCUAAAAACAUUUUAUCAGUCGAACAGCAGGAGCUCAAUCAAAAUGCUGUCAAAUGCUGAUGGUUUGUGUCACGACGUCGCAUGUUCUGUUUUCCGUGGUGAUUGGUCCGGGCAAUGACUGAUCUUGCCCAGGCUGGCCACUACAUCCACAGUGAGUAGAGUUGUAGUGUUAGCUGUGUUUGCUGUUAUUCUGCACUUUGGGGCAGCAAACUGUCAGUCACCAAUUGAAAUCCAGUAACAAGAAUGUAGCGCACUUCGUUUAAACUGUAUGGUCACUGACAUAUCCACAUCCAGCACAGUGCUGGUUCUCACUCCAGUGCAGCGUAGACCAGAGAGUAAUGUGUCGGUAAUCCAGUCUGUUGUCAGCAUGGAAGGCCCAAUUUUAACAUUAAUCCCAGCUCCGCAGUGGUGCCUGUUCACACGUCUGUAUGAGGAUGAAAGAAAUCACAAGCAUGGCCUAAUUCCCAGUGAAACAAUGGAACUGGUUCCUGGUGGAACCAGUUGGUGGAAACAGCAGGUCAGGCAGCAUUGUUGGAGAGAGAAAUGGUUAACGUUAUGGCGUGAAACAUUAUUCCUCUCUCAAUUUGCAGACCAUCUCACAAAUAUAGGAGAACUAAUAUGAUGGUUUGCCUAAAGUUGAAUCUUUCUCAUUACUGCCAAUCUUUGACAGCACUCUGAGGAGCAGGCAAGUACUGGGGAUUCUGACAGGGAUCAGUAUAAGGUCAGGUAUCCAGUGUUAUGGAUGGUAGUAGCAUCAAGUACUAUCUCAUGCUUCCAGCCGACCACAAAAGUGAGGAUGCUUGAUAAGUGCAUUAACUACUGAAUGAUGCAAUGUGACAUUACGUUCAUAUCGGCACCAACAUUAUUGUUGUGUUUGUCUACAAUGUUCAGCACAGAGACACUUGGCCCAACUGGUCUAUCCAUUGCUUAUGCUCCAGACAAGCUUUGAUCGCACUCUUGGUUAUUCCCUGCAGGGUUUUCCAAUGCUUCCCUCCCACACUGCCCCCAUAUUGUUCCCCGGUCUUACUCCGGUGGGAGUAAUUAUCACAUACUGACUACUAUCCAAAUAGAAUAUUAUUGGUGGCUGCCUUCUCUUAAAGCCUUUGGUUUCCCCGUUAUCUAGCCUGUUUUUUAUUGAAUCGCUAGUUCUGAGAAAAUACCUGCCAUCCUUGAAGAUGUUUCUUAUGGUGAUGGACCAGUGCUUGCUUAUAACGCCGCUGUGUUGACAUUCCUCCAACCUCUUCCCCCCCCCAUCCCCCGCUUUACACCCAGACCUGCACAGAUGGACUUUCCCAUUCUCUCCAACUUGCAGCGUGCUAGAAUCACCCCAGAUUGUGCAGGAAUAUUAUCCUUGAGUGUGCAAUUGGAGCACUUGGGAGGCAGAGGAUUUCCAGUAAUGUUCAGAAAGGUGUAAUGCAACAGUUGGAGAAGUGAAGUGCCAUUAACGUCUGGCGGAGCUAGAUUCCAUAUAGAUCUAUUUGGGCUUUGUUUUAUUAAUGGUUGAAGCAUUUUCUUUUGCACACAUUGCCUUGUGGUAUCAAAGUACCUAGGCACAUCAAGUUACAGAGGAUGAGAGCAGUGUGGUAGGAACAACCUGUCCUCUUGAACCACUGACCCAUAAACAGCAUUCAAAUCUACUUUGGAAGCUUUGAAGAUAUUUUCAUCUGAGGAUUUUAGCUCACAGAAAUGACUCCUCUUUCCUGCUUCAGUUCGACAGUUACUGUUCAGACCUACUGUAUGCCCACACCUCCCCACCCGAAAUGGUGUUAGAGAUUGUUCCUAUGUUGAACAUUAUUGCAUGUUGCAGCACACAGCAAUAGGAUUUAAACCUUUUACACCUAAUUUGAAUACAUUUCUGUCGUGGUGAAUGUUUUCACCAUAUGGUGUGGUAUUAUUGGAAGCGGCUACAGAGGUAACUGACACAAGAUACUAAUGGCUAAAACAUUUUCAUAAACUUGUGCUUCCCUUGAAGCUGAGGAUUAGCCUUUCCGUGGCUUUAUGUGAGUCUCCAUCACGGUCUUACCAGCCAGCUCCGGGCCUCAUAAAAAGAUUUUUGUAAAAUGGAUCACCUCACACUUCACUUCAAUGUCACUGGGGAAAGUUGGAUUGGGGAGGGGGUGGGCGGUGGGGAGUCCGGCCUUGAAAGUACCAAGAAUGACCAAUAACAUAAUCUCUUUAAGCCACUUGAUCGACGCGAUUCUCACUGUUGUCAUGCCAUAGUAAGAUGGAGCUGGCAUGUUUUUUUUAAUGGAUAUUACAUUGAAGUGGAAGCUGGGGAGGCACCAAAGAAAGAGAGGCUUUGUUCAUGGAGUUAACUAAGGAAGGAUAGGAAGGAGGUUAGUAUGGAGCAUCAGCAAUGUGAUAGACUUUUUGAGCUGAAUGGUAUGUGUGUGUGUAUGCUGUACAUUCUUUCUGAAGCAAACAUCAGGGAAUUUGGAGAACUGGAGAAUUAAAUUAUUUAGGACCUGAUAUUUGAAAAUCAUGUUAAAAAAUCAUGUUAGGACGUUUAUUUUCAAUGUCUGUGCUGUUUGAUUGAAUUAAUUAUUGGUGUUGUACAUUAUUCAUUUUAUUUGUGAUGUAUAGAUAUUUUUUCUUCACCGUAUUAAGGAAAAGGUGGGUAUUCUUCUUUAAAAAGGAUGAGAGAAACAUGAGGGCCAAUAUUGCUCACCCUUGCUGCUGCUUUCAGUUCACACACAGUAUUUGUUCCCUUGGCGGUAAAUGAAUUGUCCUUUAUUGUUCUGUGUUCUUGUGAAGGGUUAUUUUACAGUAUUUGGAGUGUAUAUAUUAAGUCAAUAAACUGGAAACAUUUGUGAUCCAAUCACCCCUGAAAGAUGAAGAAUAUUUGUCCAAAAAGCAAAAAUAGUUGAAUCCAUUCACCCAAAGGAUUGGUUUCACUAGAGAUAUACUAGAUACACUAGAGUAUACUAAGCCUUACUUAAAUUGUAAUUUUGCUUGAAAUUGUGAAUCCCACAAAAUUAGACCUCGACUGCAGGAAGCCUAUUGUCCCUCUCUCAACCACGCCAUUCAGAAAAUCACUGGCACCCCAGGCAGCAAAGUGGCACAGCUGGUAGAGCUGCUGCCUCACAGCGCCAGAUACCCGGGUUCGAACCUGACCUCACAUGCUGUCAGUGUGGAGUUUGUACGUUCUCCCUGUGACUGCGUGAGUUUCUUCUGGGCACUCUGGUUUCCUCCCACACCUCAAAGACGUGCAGGUAUGUAGGUCAAUUGGCUUCUGUAAAUUGCCUCUAGUGUGAAGAGGAUGGAUGCGAAAGUGGGAUAACACAGAACUAGUGUGAACGGGUGAUCGGUGAUCGGCGUGGACUCGGUGGACCAAAGGGCCUGUUUCCAUGCUGUAUCUCUAAACUAAAAUGAACUAAAUUCCCACUCCAUCUGCCUUCUGUCCUGAUUAUUCCUGGGUUCCUGCCUCAUCAUCAGUCAAUCCAGGGAUCUCUAUCUUCCAGACUUUCUGAACAUGGCCAAUUAUCACGAUUAACCAAAAAUAAUCUUAACUUUUCUCACAUCAUUACCUGUCUUUAUUUGCAACUCAGGCAGAGUUUUCUGAAGUUCAUUCAACAACUUAAGUAGGGCCUUAGCAAUAAUAAGUACUAUUUGGAUCUUGAUUUUCAAUACUUUAUUUUCUUUGCUGAGCUUAAAGCCCUGUCCCACAGUACGGAUUCAUUCCAAGAGCUCUCUCGAGUUUGCCCUGAUUCAAACUUGGAGAUUUACGGUAAUGGCCACUCGUCGGUACUCGGGGCUCUCGCGGACAAAUCUUCACGAGUCUUCCCGUGCUUACCUGCCGUUAGCGAGUCUUCCCGAGUACCUGCUGUUAGCGUUACGAGCCGCUAAGAGACAUCCCCGAGGUCCGACGUACCCGCUACGUUCAUUCUCCGUGCUUACCAUGAGUUUGAUUUUUUUUAAACUCCGGAGAGCUCUUGGAAUGAACUCGUAUCGUGGGACAGGGCUAUAAGGCAAAAGUGAGUGUGAAUCAAAGGUCUCCAUAAUUUAUGUGAUGGCAUUGAUAAACUAUUUGUAUUAAAUGGUGUAUUUAACAAAUAUAGUUUGAAACAUUGGACGAUUCUGUUGACUUUAUGUGGAGUUUAUACUUGUCAUCUUUUAAAAUGUUUUUUAUUCAAUUUGUAAUUUAAGGGUCUAUUUUUUUCUGAAGCAGCCUUUUUUGCAAACAUAUUAUUCACCAAACUAGAGUCAAUGUACUGUUGCAUUGUUUAACCAUAACAGGGACUGUAUGUGUAAUUAAUAGUGUGCUAUAUUUUAACCCUUUCUCAUAUCAAAAGCUGACCAAUCGUACACAACAACAAGACAUGCUUCAUGGUCAAAAGUGGUUCAUGUAUUACACAUUUCUAUUAGUCCUGCACUAGUGGAAACAUCCUGACCUACAUUCACUCCAUCUAAGCCUUUCACUAUUUGGCAAGUUUCCCUCAUCCUUCUAUAUCCAUUCUAAAUAUUUCACGCCAAACAUCACAGACUGAUACAAAUACAUCGAUAGAUGCUCCUGAACACAUCAUCAGUGAUGUAACCUGGGGUCAUUGGGUGUUUCGGAUCUUUCAACUUCAGACACCCUCACCCAGGCGACCCAGCCGUGGUUGAUCAGACCACGACUCGUGUUCAGGUGGCAUUCGCUCCUCGCCAUGGACCUCCUCUCCUGAUCCAGAGCCAUCUUGAGGCCUUCUCCGCUGCCUCUGUGGUGUUCCUGAUGGCUCUUCUCCUUGCCACUCCGUUGAUGCCCAGUGCACUCAAGGCUUUGUAGAGCAAUUGCCCUGCAAAACCUCUGCAGCCAACCUCGAUGGGCAUACACCUUGCCUUCCAGCCCUGCUUGCGGCAGUCUAUGACCAGUUCUUCAUAUUUGGCCAUCUCCCUCUCGUGGGCCUCCUCCAGACGGUCCUCCCACGGCACUGUCAGUUCCAACAAGACGAUGUUUUUGGUCGCCUCUGAGACCAGGAGGAUAUCUGGCCUCAGGGUGGUUGUGGCAAUGUGCUGUGGGAACUUCAGCUGUUUCACCAGGUCUACGGAAAGCUGCCUGUCCUGCGCAGUCGCCAGGAUUCCUGGCUACUGUGGUUCUUGGCAGCUGCACUCCAGCCUUCACGAAGGUGAUCAUCUGGGUGGUGGGGCGUUCUCGUCUACAGCUGCUGAUUACCAUGCUGAUGGCUUCUGCAAUGGGUUUGAGAACCUGGUCGUGACGCCAUGUGUACCGGCCCUGCCCAAGAGUCUUUGGGCAACAGCUCAGGAUGUGCUCCAACGUCCCCUUGCCUGAGCAUUGCGGGCAAUCUGGAGAUUCCGCUUUGCCCCAGAUGAAGAGGUUCGAUGGGCUGGGCAGGACAUCAUAGACUGCCUGGACCAGGAACUUGAUGCGCUGUGGUUCAGCCUGCCAGAGCUCAGUCCAUGUGACUUUUCGGUCCAUAAAGGCCCGUUUCCUUAUAUCUUUCAAUCUGUAUCUUUCAAUCAAUCAACACUCAACAUCCUGAUUACCUCAUCGGGCUAAUGUGCUAUUUAGCAUGUGGAAAAACGCUUUGUCAGUUCAGAGAAAAUUUUAUCAAUGGACAAAUUUGGUUAUACAAAACGUAUCAGCAUUUUCAGACUUUGCUGAUACUACUUGUGCACAUUCCUACUUGAAUAUCUUGUUGAAGGUUUAUUUCAAUAUUUAUGGGGCAUUUUACAAUUUGGAUGGAAGUGGAUGGCUAAUUGAAGUCAUGGUGGAGAAAGUGGAAUGUAAAUGUGGAUCAGCAUACUAUAUAUAGUAUAGCUAUUGUAAAUGUUCAUAAGUUCUAGGAGUGGAAUUAGGCCAUUUGGCCCAUCGAGUCUACUCCACUGUGGAGCAAGAAUCACAGAUGGGGAGCAAGGGUCUGAAGAAGGGUCUCGACCCGAAACGUCACCCUUUCCUUCUAUCCAGAGUUGCUGCCUGUCCCGCUGAGUUACUCCAGCAUUUUGUGUCUAUCUUAAGGAGGUAAAUUCGCCAUUCAAUCAUGGCAGAUCUAUCUUUCCCUCUCAACCCCAUUCUCCUGCCUUCUCCCCAUAACCCCUGACACCCUAACUAAUCAAGAAUCUGUCAAUCUGUGCCUUAAAAAUAUCCAUCGACUUGACCUACAUAACUGUCUAGAGCAAUGAAUUCCACAGAUUCACCACCCUCUGACUAGAGAAAUUCCUCCUUAUCUCCUUUCUAAAUGUAUGCCAUUUAAUUCUGAGGUUAUGGCCUCUAGUCCUAGACUCUUCCACUAGUGGGAACAUCCUCUCCAUGUUCAUUCCAUCCGGGCCUUUCACUAUUUGCUAUAUUUCCAUGAGCAAAUCCAUUCUAAAUGUUUUAGGCCAAACUUCACAGACUAAAGUUUAUUAUUGAAAUUAGUCAUUCCACAUUCAGUGGAACAUGUAAAUACAAAACUGGACCAUCUAGGAAGCAUAGACAGGGAAGAAGAUGGAUUGAACUGCUGUAAAUUAAUCCCAGGUUCUUGUGGAGAUUUCCCUUCAAUUAGGCAGAGGCCAGCAAUGCCCUAUGCCAGAUUCUUAACGCUUAAGUCAUCUGUAACUUAACUCUUAAGUCAUUGGCCUUUCCAUAAACCCAUGAAAGCCAUGAACAUGCAAUUUAACUCAAAGCACCACUGCUAUAAUCCCACACAAUACAAACUUGUACGCUUGUGUUCCAUGGCACUGGCAGGCUUUAGGUUUGGCCUGUGUUAAAUAGUGGUGGCAAAUGCAGAGAUCGGUGUAGCUUACACUAUAAUUAUCCAGGAAAAUAAUUGAUCGAUCUGGAAUCUUGUUCUUACACAGGGUCCGAGCCGUACAGCGUGGAAAUAGGCCUUUUGGCCCAAUUUGCCCAUGCUGAACACAAUACAGCAUCUACACUAGUCCCACCUGUCCACAUUUGGCCCAUAUCCCUUUAAACCUUUCCUAUCCAUACCUGUCCAAAUGUAUUUUAAAGGCUUUUAUCGUACCUCCAUAUACCCACCGCACUUUGUGUGAAAAGGUUACCCCUCAGGUUCCUAUUAAAUUUUUGCCCUCUCACCUUAAACCUGUGUCAUCUGGUUCUUGAUUCCCCUGCUCUGAGUAAAAGAGUGUACAUUCACCCUAUCUAUUCCCUUCAUGAUUGUUACACCUCUAUAAGAUCACUCCUCAUCCUCCUGCGCAUUCAAGGAAUAAAAAUCUAGCCUGACCAACCUCUCGCUAUAACUCAGGCCCUCAAGUCCUGGCCUAAGUCCUCUGGUUGUUGAUUCCCCUACUCUGGGCAUGCACCCUAUCUAUACCCCUCGUAAUGUUAUACACAACGCAAAAAGUGUAUAAGUUCAAUUUACGAUGCUGUAAGUUUCCAAUUUGGUUGAUUAAUGACAAAGUGUGACUUUAUUUUUCCGCUUUUUGAACAAUUUUAUUAAAAUGUUCCUGUCAGUAGACAGUGGUAAAGGCGACACUGCUGGAGGUGAUUCAGCCGUGAAAACUGCAGGAUUAAAAGAGCACAUUUUGUUCCUACGCUUGGUUACUAUGUCAACCUUACAAGAUUGCCAACUUUCAGUUGAAUCCAGGUAAGCUGCCUGUUUGUAGGCAAAUAUGGUAUCAGACAAUUACUGGGUGGUGACUUCUUCCUGCACAGCCAAAGGGCAGUUAGUAAAAUUCAUGUUUGGUUCUCGACUCAUUUACUUUGCCUGCAGGUGCUGUGAACUAUCAACUAUGGCUCAGUGAUAGCGCCUUGCCCCCAAGACAGAAUGUUGUGAGCCAAUUUCCAUUCUGGAGAAACAGGUAUAGGGUCACUCACAGUGGUCACACAUGCUUGGAGGUCAGAGGGAUCUCAGCCACAUCCACACCUCCCCCUUCCCAAAUUUAUCUCUGCGUCUGCGAUCCUGGGAGGAGGACUAUCUAAACUUCUAAAGUGCUGUAUCAUCCAGAGAGUUCACACAGAGAGUGGUGAAUCUCUGGAAUUCUCUGCCACAGAAGGUAGUUGAGGCCAGUUCAUUGGCUAUAUUUAAGAGGGAGUUAGAUGUUGUCCUUGUGGCUAAAGGCAUCAGGGGGUAUGAAGAGAAGGCAGGUACAGGAUACUGAGUUGGAUGAUCAGCCAUGAUCAUAUUGAAUAGCGGUGCAGGCUCGAAGGGCCGAAUGGCCUACUCCUGCACCUAUUUUCUAUGUUUCUAUCCCACCACCUCUGCCUAUACCUCCCUUGUCUUUCACUUUGCCAUAAUUGCAGAUUAUUCUCUUGCCUCAGCUUGACUCUUUGAAGCUUCCUAUGCAAAUCUUCCUCCCAUAAACACUGCCUUGAAUUUAUGGGCUUAUGAUCUCUUAAAAAAGCAGUAAUACCUCCCCUAAUAUUCUGGCCAAGAGUUCCCUCAACUGGUAUUAUUAAAAAAAUAUUUUGGCAUUAAUAUAUCACCACUUUUUCUAUAAAACGACAAUAGAGAUACAUCAAAAUGUAAUUAAUUUGCUGUGGAACAUCCUGAAAAUGUAAACGCUAUAAUUAAAAUGCAAGUUUUGAAGGAUUUGUUACUUUAUAUAAUGGUUAGCUUAUACAUCAGAAUGAGGAGGCAUUUAUAUGUUACCUGAGGGUUUUUAUAGUAUUGAAGUCUUCCCUAGCUGGAUGUAGUUACGUGACUCUAGUGGUGAUACGUCUGCAAGCUUUUACCUACAUUGCACUGGCAAACAAUGGUUUGUGGGGUUGGAGAGGAAGAUGCAACAUUGGGAUUGGGAGAAGAACAAAUGUUUGGCCACAAUGUAAUGCCAUUUUCUGCUGGUCAGUGGUAAUGGACUGAAAGGUCAUGUACUGCCCUUGCACAGGACUAUUUCAAUGCUGUCUUGAUCAGCUCCAUAGUUGCAUCCUCAUGCAAAACUCUGGUGCCUUUGUCCUAACUCGGAUUUGUCCCAACUCCCAUCUACAACAUUGGCUGACCUAUAAAGGAUUUGAAAAAUGUCUCUAUUUUUGGAAUUCUCUCCUUUUGAAAACCCUCCUAGUCUGAUGCAUAGAAAAGGUUUAGAGGAUUAUGGGCCAAAGGCAGGCAAAUAGGACUAGCUUAGAAGGGCGAUGUGGACGUUGGCUGCUGAAGGGCCUGUUUCCCUGCUGUAUGACUCUAUGACUCUCCCCUUUCCCUGCUCCCUACCCUCUUCCCAGCCUACAAUUCCAGCUGGUCCCAUUAUAGCCUUGUCUUACCCCCAAAUGUAACCAUUCCAUCACUGGCAGCUGUAAUUGUAAUUGCCUAAUGUAACUCCUGCCACUGAAUAGGCGUGCAGGAAGGAACUGCAGAUAUUGGUUUAAACCGAAGGUAGACACAAAAAACUGGAGUAACUCAGUGGGUCGGACAGCUUCUCUAGAGAAAAGGAAUAGGUGACGUUUCCGGUCAAGACCCUUGUGCAGUCAUUUAGGGUUUCGAUUCCUUCCCCAAGUAUCCCAUUUGACGCGGGAACAUUAUGAAAGUAAAUUUUAACUGAUAUGUCUUGAGAUAUUUGGCAAUGUAAAACAGGCGAGUUAAACACAAGUUGUUGUUCUCGAUGAAUGUGUGCAUUGAAAUCUAGGAAGGAUGUGUUAGAAAUCGCUGGGAGUUCUGUGAGCUGUCCUCAUCUCAUUUUGAAGAACAUCAACUUGCCUGACAUUAAAGGUAGGGCUCGGUGGAAAUUUGAUAUGUUUGUCACGAUUCUAGUUUUUCACAAUUUAAAGAUGAAUUUAAAUUUUCAGCUGAAGGUUGGUUGCAGUAACAAGCGCUGUCAGAUCUUCGCCAGACCGGCCAAGUUAAAAGCCCCUACAAUUAAAACAAUAUAAUAAAAUUGUGUAAAUUGUCUUUUAAUGCCUGUUUUCCCUUGCAAAUUUCCUCUGCUCCCUCAACCUAACUUGCACUAAGUAUUUUACACCCAUUACCCUGAGUUUUCUUGCCAACAGUGCCUCCUGGUCUAUUAAAGACUCUCAAAUUAAAUCUCCCUUCCUCUCAAAUCCUCUACAACCUCGUCAAGAUAUCCACAUCUUCCAGAGACUCUAAGAAAUCGGCACUCCUUCAGUUUUGGGGUGUUUUUCCAUUCCACUUUUGCCAGCAAUCCCUCAGUUGCUGAGGCUCAGUCCAGGAAUCUAUCUCAAAACGUGCGUGCCUCGGUAUGACUGCUUGUUGCUGUGAUUUCUUACUCCUACUGACAUACUACCACUCCAAUCCCCAUCUUGACAUUGAGGAUGAACAUCUUGAUCUACUUUACGGACAACAAUGUUAUUUGGGCAUUUACCUCAAAAGCACCAGUCACCAAGGACAAAGUUCAUAAGUUCCAGGAGCAGAAUUAGCCCAUUUGGCCCAUCAAGUCUACUCCGCCAUUCAAUCAUGGCUAAUGUAUCUUUCCCUCUCAACCCCAUUCUCCAGCCUUCUCCCCAUAACCCCUAACACCCUUAAAGUCGACUAUGGCGACUUCUCAUAAAUGGUAAGAAAGAGUUAAUGGGCUGAAAGGUUUCCUGCACCAUUGCAAUCAGUCUCAUCUACUGCUUCUAGAUAUUUGGAAGACUUUGUGUCCUCUUGCAGUCCUGGCUAACUUUAGCUUUGAUAAUAAUUAACUUUAAUAGUUUGCUUACCCAAACUCCUGUGCCAUAUCACUUAACAAAAUCUCACUGUCCACCAGUCAUUACUAUUUCUGAAUGUAUUUUGAU